UUUCUUUCCGCCAGUUUCAAAACAAAACUUCACAACUUGUCCGUUCAUGUAUUUUGGCGAGAUAAAGUGUGUUUCUAUGUCUUAUUUACCGAAUAUAACAAAUGUAAAGCAAUUAGUAAACAUCAACUGGUUCAAUUCUAUGCACAGACUGCAAUCAUGAUAAUUACAUUCUUCAUCACCAACAAUUAUUGGUGAUGGCAGAUAAAUGAUUUGAAGUUAGAAUCUCAAGAAGUUGAUUGACAUUGAUAUUUAAGUGUCAUUUAAAAAUGUCAUCAAAAGAAACAAUGAAUACAUCUGAGAAGUUGAAGAAUCUGCGGCGGCGGUUGGAACAGCUUGGUUAUAAGGAUUCUCUUGGAAUUGAAUCUUUGCCAUUGGUUGAACGGUUGUUUGUGGACCUGUUGAAAACAAUUGAAGAUCUUCGUAAGAUCAAAGUAGAACACUCCAGAAAAAGUGAUGCAGAGGAUCCAACAAUUGUUGACUCCUAUAAAAAUGAUAAUGCUAAAUUGGUUAAAGAGAACAAUGCUUUAAAUUUGAAACUUCUUAAAGCAACAGAAGAAAAUAAUACUGCUAUGAAAGAUCUCAAGUCUUCCCUGCGAAAAUCUGAGCACACGCUUGCAGAUAUAAAGUUCUUAAACAAUCAAUAUUUACAUAAGAUAAAGUUAUUGGAGAAAGAAUCUAAAGAAAAAUCAGACAGAAUUCAACAACUGCAAGAGAAAAACUUCCAUGCUGUGGUUCAAACUCCAGGUGGCAAAAAGAAGAAUAUUCCCUUCCGUCGGCAGCGUAUGGUGGUUGAUUGCCUGAUACCUCCAGCAGAACCUGAUUUACCAUCUCCGCCUCCAGUUCCUGAUCCAUAUAUAGCAGAUAUGCUGGAAACCGCCGAUAAACGGAUUGCAGAAAAUGAAGAACAAGUUACAGAAUUGAAAGAUAACAAAGAAUUAUUGGAAAGUAAAUUGGAGGCUUUUAAGGAACAGGUUUCUGCAAGAGAUGAUGAAAUAGACAGAUUAAACAAAAUGUUGAGUGGAGGCCGACCAUCAGAUACAUUGGCCCUUGAGGUCAAAAACAGAGCCAACGAAAAGAUGAUUUCUCACCUUAACAUUCAGGUGGAUAUCUUGCAAGAACAGAACCGAGAAUUACAGCAUCGUCUUCAUGAAAGCACUGAGAAGAGAGAUGAUGUCCAGGAUGAGAUGUUUAAGUUGAAUAAGAAGAAUGCUGAUCUCCAACUACAGAUGAGAAAUAUUGAUCGUAAAGCUAAACUGUUGCAAAAUGAUAAAGAAUAUGUAGUGAAAGCGGCUGACUCUGAAAUAAAUGUCGCAAAGAAAGAAUUACUUAAAUCACGGCAACAACUUGAAGAUUUAGAUCGUUGUAUAUCACAGCUGAAGUCUGAGAAUGAACAGCUACAAACAGAAUUGGAAGAUGCAGAGACUCAGAACAGCAAUAAAACAACUAGCCUUAAGAAACUGGAGAUGUUGCUGGACAAAGUUCAAGAAGAAAAACGUCGCAUGAUACAUAAAGUGAAUAAACUAACGGCCAACGAGAAAGAACUGAUUUUAGAGAAUGAGCAGCUAAAACACAGAGGUACCAUAACCAAAAAAGGUAAAGUUCCAGCUCGAGUCGAAAGUUUGAUUAAAACUCUUGAAGAAGACAGAAACUAUUACCGUGACCAAGCUACCAGUCUACAAAAGACGAUACAAAGUGAUCCGAGUGGAAGCAGCAAUCGAAAGACUAGACUUCCUAGAUCCAGAUCAGCAAGUCCUAAUAAAGAAAUGAUAUCUCUUCCUGAUAAACUUGACAAGAAGACAAUUUCUCAUUACGAACGAAUAUGUCAGUUGUUGGAGCAAGAACGGGAUUACUUUAAAUCCGAAUACGAACAGCUGAAAGCUAUCAGGAGAUCUACGAGUCCCAAACGUCCUCAAUCUAACAAGAACCAGAAUUACAAUGAUGAAGAAUUACAGAAAGCAAGAGAAGAAAGGGACAAGAUGAAAGACAUGCUUGAGAAAUUUGAACGUCAUAUGAACGAGGUUCGUGCUAAUGUAAAAGUGUUAACUAAAGAACGAGACAACCUCAAAGACAUGUAUGAUGGAGCCAAGGAGGAACUCCAGAAAUUGAGACGAGAAAUACUUCGCUCUCCAAAAUCACCCAGAACAUCGUUAGCUGCUCAAGCCGUGUUGCGCCAAGUAGAGAAUGAACGAGAUAAUGCCUCAGCUGACCUUCAGAGAAUAAUGACGGAGAGAGACAGCUUACAAGAAAGACUUCGGCUGUCCACAGAUUCAUCGUUAACUGAACGAGCUCAUCUGGAACAGAAAGUGGAAGAUCUUAGUUGCCAGUUAAGUCUAAGUGAAGUUGAGCGAGAUGAGUUACAGUUACGUGUGAACAAUCUGAAAGAUGACGUCCAUUCGUUGGAAGAGCGAAUCAAGAAUCAGGCAGUUCAAUAUCAGGAUUCCCAUGAAGAGCUUUCCAAACAAAGGAUGACAGCAACACAAAUGAGACUUUUAGCUGAAGAGGCAGAGCGUUCUUUGUCUGAAAUCCAACGCCGUUUAAACCACCGUGAAGAAGACAUUCAUAAUCAAACCCACAAAAUAAGCAAUUUAGAAGAACAACUGCAAGAAUAUGAGAAAGUUUCACACCAGAGCCGCAAUGAAAUCAACCAGCUUCAGUCUACAAUUAAUGCCAUGGAUCGAGAGAAAGAUUCUUUACAGAUGACUGUUGAUGAAAAAACAGAACGUUUGGCUGUUUUUAGGGAGGAACUUCUUGCAAAGGACAGAACCAUAAGUGACUUUAAAGUGCAAAUCAGUCAGCUUGAAUCUCAGCUUGAACAUGUGAACAGCAGUCUUUCUCUAAAAGAACGUGAGAUGAAGAGUAUAAAGAGGCAGUUUGAUAAGAUGUCUGAUGAAUUCAACGAAACCAGUCGCAAUAAAGAUGCAGUUCUACGUGAGAAUAAACGGCUUCAAGAAGACUUAGCUGUAAUGACAAGUGAAAAUCAAGUUAUCAAUAAAGAUCUGCAAAAUUGUUUAGAAGAGAAAGAUUCUUUAAAGAAGCAAAUUCAAAGCUACAUGAUGGAAGUGCAAAGAGUUGGCGAUUUGCUGUCAUCAAAGGAACAAGAACGCUCUGACAUGCUGGAGCAAUAUCGUACUUUGUCUGCUGAAGCGGAGCAGUACCAAAAUACCAAUCAUCAACUGGAGACUGAGGGUUCAAAUCUUCGUUUAGAAGUUAUUUCGAAAGAAUCUGAAAUUAGAAUGCUUAAAGAGAAGCUGGAACGCAUGGAUAUAGAAAUUCAUGAGCACCUAGGAGCACAGCAAGCUUAUGAACUCCAAGUUUCCAAUUUGAAUCGUACUUUGUCAAAACUGGAAGAGAAUCUUCAGCAGUAUGAUGAUGAGAAACAAAACUUGACUCAAGAUAUUAAUGCAGUUCGAGAUCUUUGUUGCCGCUUGGAAGCAUCCAAAGAGUCAUUACAGAGACAGGUUACAGCUGUUUCUGUGGAAAAAGAACAGUUGCAUUCCCAAAUCCUUGAUAUGAAACAAGAGGCCGACACAUUACGCGAACAGCUUUCUACCGAAAGAAAAAGUGUUAAAAAUUUGGAAGAAUUGCUUCAGAAUAACAGAGAAAAGGAAUUCCAUUCCCAAUUGGAAUUUCAAGAACGUAAUGCUGAGCUGAAACAGUUAAAAGAUCGAUUGACUCUUAAUGAAAGUAAACUUCAAAGCCAGAGCAGAGACAUUGCUUCUCUUCGGACAAGGAAUGUUGAACUGGAAGGAGAUAUAGAACGAUUUCGACGACAGCUAACCAGUGAGAAAUUCGAACGUGAGCGUGCUGUACAAGAACUUCGUCGUCAUGGUAUUUCUCCACCAAUUACUGGAGAUUAUUCAAGUAUUUCCAGAUCCACAAGUCCAUCCAAAUUCUCCAAAGCAAACAAUCUUAGCAGCCGCUUAACACCUCCUGUGAGUUCAGUCAAUGAGAAGACUGCAGUUUUAAUGAAAGGCACCAAGUCACUUUAGACAGACCAAAGUUUAGUAUUUCCAACAUUAUCUCCUUCUUCCACUGAUGCUGCUGCUGUAUAAGACCAAGAUUGGAAUCUAGUAAAAAUGUUUAUUAACAAGUGUCUGACUCGCAAACUUAGUUGAACCACGACUAGUCUUAGUGAAGGGUAUGUACCAGAUCAGGGACAGAGAGAGAGGGAGGGGGGGCACACACAACAAUAGUAGUUAUGUAUAAGUCUAUUAACUACCUGUGAUGUUUGCCACUACACAGCAAACAUACAAAUACACACACACACAACACAUACAUGCAUAUAGACACACACACACGCUCGCACGCACACACACACACACGCACACACACACACAUUUUAGAGUCUCAGUUUCAUGGCUUCUUCUUUCCCAUAGAAACUUUUUCAUAAUUAAUAAUUCAUUUCUUUACAAUUCAUUUCUUUACAAAUCAUUAACCUUGUAUAUUAUUGUACAGUCUUCUUGCAGGAGUAUACAGGGUGUCCAUAAAUUACCGUUACAAUUUGAAGUGUAGAAGUGUGGAAGUUGUUAAGAUAAUGUAUGGACACUAUGUAGAUUUGUGUGAUGCAAUGUAAAUAGAUAUGUGUGCAUGCGUGAUGUUUGUUUAUAUGUGUGUGUGUGUGUGUAUGCAUGUUAAUGUUUGUUGUUUUGAUAGAGUCCUCGAUAUAAUUACUAAUCAAUAUUUUGCCCCCCCCCCCCCAGCCACCUUCUGUUUCAUGAUAACCUCGAUGUCCAUGUCACCUUUCCAGAUCAUUUUCUGUUACCCUAACAAAUUGUAUUCCCCUUUCCUCCCCAUCCCCCCCCCACUUCAAUAUUUCAAGAUAUUCUUUACCAUGAAGUAAAUUGAUGUCUCUUAGGUUUCACACUCAAUUCUUUCUUCUUUUUAUCUCACACUGGAGACUGCUUUCCAAUUCUCAGAGACCUUUCAAAUUAAAA